CGGUCGUAGCGCAGCGCGGUGUGCAUGAAUAAUGGUGCGAAUUUGUGUAAUGAAUGGAAGUGAUGUUGAAAAGGGGAAGCCGGGAGAAAUUGACAGGAAGAGAAAUGAAAUGUUCGUAUUUACAUAACUUGUUGUAAUAUUAAAGUAUUUAUAGAGUAAUAACCUGAGAGUCUAUUAUUAUUUCAAAGAGUCUUGUGUCGUAACAAGUGGCGCCCAACGGAAAAGGCAAGACCUGCGUUAUAACGGUAUCUAAUUCCUGUCUACUGAGGUAUUACUAGUACUACAAAGUGUAACAAAAUCUCUAGAUCUCUAGAUCUAUUAAGAUUGAGAAAGUUAGCGUCAUCUAAAUCUCUAAAGCUAUGUACUAGACUCACUGGUAAACAUAAACCUUUAGUUGAAACUUAACUAAAAACAUUAUUGCUGAAUUAAUCAAUUGGAUUUACAUUUAAAUCUAGAUUUAUAUCAUUAUAAUUAUUAUGACGGCCCAUUCUCUACAUUCACCAAUGUGAAAACGUACAUCUUCAUUGGUCUGGCGGGUCAUAGUUCUCAACAAUAACCUUUAACAUUCAAUAUUAAUGGAAAUUUGUACGAUAAUUAGCACUGCCGUGGGCAACACUAGUGAAUUUUGACUACGGUGGAGAACAGUGCCCAUUUAGGACUAACGGAUAUACACUGACCACGGCAUAUAAACAAACAACGAAAGAUUCAUAUCACCGGCGGAGAAUAUACACUAGCAUUGGCAGUUAUACCAGCAGGAAGAAGAGUAUUCCGGGAAGUAGAUACAUAUUUGUAUUCGAAUAACAUUAAACGUUUGGUUCAUUACAUUACAUUUAGAUAUGAACAUUGUUGGGUCCAGGCAUUAAGCAUAUGAGAAUCAAAUAUAUUUAAUGGAUAUGGUCAGAUAACUCGAUAAAGAAAAAUUAAAAAUGGCGGAUAAAGCUGAAAUAGUUGCUUUGAAAGAAGAAGGGAGACUAUUGGAAUUAGAAGGAGCAGAGCUGAGAAAAUAUGUACAAGAAAGAUUAAUAGAAAGAGAGAAACUAGUCAAGGAAAAGGAAAUAGAGAAAGAGAAGUUAGCCAUGGAAAAGGAAAUAGUGAAAGAGAAGUUAGUCAUGGAAAAGGAAAUAGAGAAAGAGAAGUUAGCCAUGGAAAAAGAAAGAGAGAAAGAGAAGUUAACUAUUGAUAAAGAUAAAUUAGCAAUGGAUAAAGAAAUAGAGAAAGAGAAGUUGGCUAUCAGUAAAGAGAAAUUAGUUACGGAUAAAGAAAUUGAGAAAGAGAAGCUAGCUAUGGAGAAAGAAAGGUUAGCCAUAGAGAAAGAAAAGUUGGAAAUAAAAAAAGGAAAAGCUAAAGAUGAAGGUACUGGAAAGAAAAAUGACGUGUCUGGAAAUAAAUUGGCAAAAUAUAAAGGUACAAUGUUUGAUGAGAAUAAAAUAGACAUAGAUAUUUUCUUAAAGAAGUUUGAAAUUGAAAUGAAAGAAUUGGCUUUUCCUGAAGAUAAAUGGACAUUUUUGUUAUCGAAGUCAUUUGCAGCGGAGGUACCGUCAAAGAUCUGCAUGAAUCAGAAUAAUUACCAAAUAGUAAAGGAGCAAUUACUACGAACAUUUGGAAAAACUGAGGCGUUUUAUCGUCAACAAUAUGUUAAUUGCACCAUUGAAACCAACGAGGAUCCCCAAACAUUUUUAGACAAGAUGAAUAGCUACUUUGACAAUUGGACAGAGUCAUCAAAAAUAGAGAAGACGUUUGAUGGACUAAAGGUAUUUCUUAUGCUGGAUAAAGUCAUUUAUGAGAGUCAGGACGAACUAAAAAUAUUCCUGCUGGAGAGAAAGCCAAAAUCUGUAGAUGAGAUUGUAAAAUUAAUAAGGGCUUACAAAGUGGCACAUCCUGAAAAAAAGUUAAACAGAGGUAGCGAUAUUGAAGAAAUAGUAGCAUUUAAUAGAGCUAGAGAAACACAAGACAGUUAUAGCAACAAUAGAAGAUUUAGAUAUGAAGGACAGAAUAGGUUUAGAGGACAAGGAAGGAGCCAAAUAGAUAGUAGACAAGGCCAGUAUAAUAGCUACAGAUAUCAAGGAAGAUAUCAAGGAAACAGACAGGGAAGAUAUGACGGCAGAAGAAAUGGAAGAGAUCAAAGUUUGUCGUUAUUGUCGAGUUCGGGAAGUCUAGAUUGUUUUCAAACAUUUGUAGGAAAUAAGGCUGCAAGAACGAUAAGGGACACUGGGAGCACUAUUGUUGGAAUAAACCGAAAAUUGGUUGAAGAUCAUGAAUAUACUGGAAAAAACAAAGCAUGUAUUAUGUUUGAUGGUAAAACAGUUCGAUUACCCGUGGCCCGAGUGAACAUUAAAACACCGUAUUAUACCGGGAUCGUAGAGGCAUGUGUUAUAGACCAUGAUCAAAUUGAUCUGAUUAUUGGCAAUAUACCAAACAUAAAGAAGUGCACGGAAAAUGAGAUAGCAGUUUGGAAAAAUUGUUGUGGAAUGGCCACUACUCGAUCCUGUAGUAAAGAUGUGGAGGAAUUAGAUUUGGCAAAGUUGUUCGAGUUAUCAACUAAGGAAAAAGAGCAAGAUGAAGAACAACAUGAAAACACAGAAACAAUUGAAAUCAAAGACAUAGGAUUUAACAAAGAAAAAUUUAUCACAAAACAAAAAAAUGAUCCAGAGUUACGCCAACUAGCAAAGAAAGGAGGUAGAGGAGGAAGAUUCUAUGUAGAAAGAGGAACUCUUGUUAGAGAGAUUGAAUGGCAUGGAAAAAAAGUAAUCCAGUUUGUGGUACCCAGAGAAUUCAGGCAACUUGUAAUGGAAAAUGGACACGAUAUAGCACACACAGGACAUCUGGGACUACACAAAACGAAACAAGGAAUAUUUCAGAAUUUUUAUUGGUCAUCAAUUAGUAAGGACAUAAAAAGUAAUGUGACUUCGUGCCAAUUAUGUUCUAGAAAAGGAGCAAGAAACAUAAAAGCACCAUUAAAAAGGGUGGAUGUACCAGAUAGACCAUUUAGUAAAAUAGCGAUUGAUUUAAUCGGUCCAAUGCCAGUGGUAUCAAAUAGGGGUCACCGUUAUAUCCUAACUGUGAUAGACGUGUGCUCCAGAUGGCCGGAAGCUAUCCCACUCAAACAAAUUGAAGCCAGAGAUAUAGUACAAGCAUUAUAUACGUUGUUUACAAGAUUUGGAUUUCCUAGAGAAAUAUUGUCAGAUAGGGGGACUCAAUUCAACUGUCAAUUGGCUACAACAUUCUUGAACAUGUUUGGGAUCCAGCAAAGGUUUACAACCUCGUAUCAUCCACAGAGCACUUGUGAACGUUUUAAUGUCAAUCUAAAGAAAUCAUUAUAUAAAGUAAUGGAUGAUAAACCCAAAGAGUGGGAUAUGGCAAUACCGUCAAUACUAUUUGCAUACAGGGAGAGUCGUAAUGAAAUAACAGGGUUUUCACCAUUUCAAAUGAUUUAUGGAGGAAAUCCACGAGGUCCAAUGACAAUAUUGAAAGAUUUGAUAAUCCCACAUGAUCAUGUAGUAACUAAUGACAGUUAUGAUAUUGUGACAGAAACUAGAAAUCAGAUUAUAAAGGCAUGUGAAGAAACGGAUAGACAGAUGCUAGAGAGAAAUGAAUUAACACAUUCCAGAGUGAAUGAACAUAGAAUAAUGACGGAAUUAGAGGUAGGACAAGAUGUUUUGGUCUUACAUAAGGAUAACAAUAAUGCUUCGGGCACAAAUUGGCUGGGACCAUACAAAGUAGCAAGGAAAAUUAGCGAUAUGGAUUAUGAAAUAGACAUUGAUUCGAGGUUAAAAAUAUUUCAUGUGGAUUUGUUAAAAGAAUUUACACCAAGACAAAGAAGUGAAGAAAGGAGUAAAGAUGAGUCAAUGACAAUGAGUGCCUGUGUGACGGAAGAAAUGGAGACAGAGGAAAGGUUUAGACCAAUAGAGACAGUGGCAACAGAAAGUAGGCAAACAUGGAAGGAUGUCAUGGUGGAUGGAGUUUCUCUUGAUAGAGCUAAAGAAAUCAAGGCACUAAUUGAGGAUUAUAAGAAUUUUUACGGAUUUACCUGGAAAAACAAGUAUUAUAGAACAUGAUAUCAAGUUAACCGGCAAAGUACCGAAUAAACUGCCACAAUAUACGAUCCCAUUACACCAUAGAGAAACAUUACAGAAGGAAAUUGAUGAGCUACUAACACUUGGAGUGAUAGAACCAUCUAGUUCACCAUGGGCUGCACCAGUCGUGCUUGUUAAAAAAAAGUGUGGCAACUUAAGAUUGUGUGUGGAUUAUCGACAGUUGAAUAAAGUCACAGAAUUUGACCCGUGUUACGGUCGUAGCGCAGCGCGGUGUGCAUGAAUAAUGGUGCGAAUUUGUGUAAUGAAUGGAAGUGAUGUUGAAAAGGGGAAGCCGGGAGAAAUUGACAGGAAGAGAAAUGAAAUGUUUACUAAGCUAAAAAAUGCAAAGAUUUUUAGCACGUUGGAUCUGUCAAGAGGAUACUGGCAAGUACCUCUAAAACAAGAAGCUAAACCAUUAUCGGCAUUUAAGACACCUUCGGGCAUAUAUCAAUGGAAUGUGAUGAGCUUUGGCUUGGUAAAUGCUCCAGCCACGUUUAACAGAAUGAUGGCCAAAUUAUUCAGCCAUAGAAGAGACACAAUUUGUUAUUUAGAUGAUAUAUGCAUUUUUAGUGAGCAAUGGGAUGAGCAUAUACAAAGCCUUGGAGAGGUUUUUUAAAUUAUCAAAGAAAACAAUUUAACAUUGAAACCAACAAAAAUAAAAAUUGGCCUAAGUGAAAUUUCAUUUUUGGGGUAUAAGAUUAAAAAUGAGUACAUUACACCAUUGGAAGAAACUGUAUCAAAAAUAUUGGACAUUAAGGUACCAAAGACAAAGAAGCAAAUUAGAAGCCUUUUGGGUCUAUGCAACUUUUAUAGAAAAUUUAUCUCAAAUUUUUCAGAAAUAAUUGAACCACUAACAAAUCUAACAAAGAAAGGAAAACCUAAAAAUAUAGUGUGGACGGAGGAAUGUCAAGAAGCACUGGACAUAAUUAAAACUUUCUUUUCUGGGGCACCGAUUUUGAAAUUACCUGACAAUACCAAGGAAUUUAUUUUGGCUACAGAUGCAUCAGCCAUUGCAAUAGGAGGCUGUCUAAUGCAAAAAUGGAAUGGUGUCCCACAUCCUGUUUUAUAUGUGAGUAGAAAACUGACAGCAUCUGAGUUGAAAUAUGCCACCAUUGAAAAGGAAGGACUAGCCAUUGUAUGGUGUAUAACAAAAUUAGGGUUCUAUCUAAUGGGAGCUAAAUUUGAACUAUGGACGGAUCACGCUCCCUUGGCCUUCAUUAAUACAAAUAAACUAGGGAACAACAGAAUAGCCAGGUGGGCAUUGCAACUUAUGGAUUAUAACUUUGAGGUCAGGACAAUACCAGGGAAAGACAAUGUGAUAGCUGACACAUUAUCACGGUGUACCUAAAGCAAGGAGGAAAAGAAAUGGAAGUAAGGAAAGGAGCUAGGCCACGUCAAUUUUGUUUCUAUUGGUUGGUUAAAAGAAUAAUGUCAGUAAAAUCAUUUUGGUGAGAACACAAUGAAUAGCAGUGUAAUGACAUCUUUAACAGAUUGGAACAUUUUGUAAAUAUACACAUAUUACAUGUAUAUGUAAUCGAAGACUGUAUGGACUGACGAAGCUUUGUUACAUGUGUGAGGUGUCGAGAUAUUAAUAUAUGGUGUUAUAUUGAGAAUUUGAUGAAACCAUUGUUAGAAAUGUAAAAUAUAGUAUUACAGUUACAUAGUUACUUAUAGUUUAUAAUUGUGAAUUAUGAGAUUUAUUCUGAUUGGUUCGUUGGGGAAGCCUGGACAUUAUACAUUGGGAUGGAUGUAAGUAAUUUUGAACCUAAAAUAAUAAUGUAAAGAAUUGUGAUAUUUAAUAUUGCUGUUGGAGGCUGUUUUUUUUUUUUUUUGUUGUUGUUGGCUUUUACCUGGUUUAAAAGAAUGAGAAUUAAUGAAGAUAAUAUAAGUAUAUUGAACAGUGAUUUAUAAUUUUAUUUGAUAUUUAAAAUACGUUCGAUGUACAUCGAACUUGGCAAACAAGGGGGGUGUUACGGUCGUAGCGCAGCGCGGUGUGCAUGAAUAAUGGUGCGAAUUUGUGUAAUGAAUGGAAGUGAUGUUGAAAAGGGGAAGCCGGGAGAAAUUGACAGGAAGAGAAAUGAAAUCAUUUGAAUUGUAAAAGGUCGAAAGAAAAACAAGCUGAAACAAAGGGAGAGCAGUUUGGAGAUAAAUUACUUCACAGUUCUCUUCCAUGGCGGGGAACUCCUAAAAGAUCAUGGAAUAGGGAAAAGACUGCAGGCGUUCCCUGCUACACAAGCUUGUGUACACAUAAAGAGAUACUAUACAAUGAUGAAAUGAAGAUCAAGCAGCCCAAGCAACACCAUUCUCUAAAUCACAAGGUUAUUGACACCAAGAAAUCCGUGCACACAAAGCAGACAGAAAUAAAAAAGGACGCAAUAGAAACCAGGGUGCCGACACUCAGUCUAAACCUCUCCCCUGUGACCCAGUCCAGGGGUGGCGACGACCUCGUUGCUGAGUCUACAAGACUGAACGCUCUGACACCGCCGCUCCCCCCAGUUAAGCAUGUUGGGCACACUAGCAGACACAACGAGUGGUCGAACAUGCGGCUAGCGGAGCUGCUAAAGGACAGAACUGCUUUCAGCGUUCAGGACCAAGUGAUGACCUUAACCGGCCAAGGUCACCAAAGAAAAAAACCUAGCCGCCUAAAAGACGAAGUUGUCACUGACGUUGACCUCGGGGCAUCCGACAUCUACAACAGCCACUCCUGGCUUCAGAUGGUGAACACGCCUCUGGUGGAUACAAACAUUUAUGAUAGAUACGCCAAUGUAAAAAUGUCGCUUGAAAGGCAAUAAUUUGACAUUGCCUUCCUGUCCGAUUUUUAAGUAAACAAAAAUGCUACAUACUACGUGGAAAGGAGACCCAUCAUUGACCAAGCUUUAUUAAUGUAGUAACUGAACCAGUGAGAAUAGCUCAUGUGAGUGUCCGUCAUUGGCUUUUAAAUUCACAGGGAUUUUAUGAUGUACUAAGAUUUCUCAAAUUCCAAAAAAAAAAAAAGUCUUCACAGGGAUUUAAACUUGUAAAAUCUGUUACGAAGGCUAAAAGCUUUGUCUCUCCACCAUCAGGCCCUCCCCCAUCACCUGCAUGAUUAUUUUCACAAAAGCCAUUGAGUUUAAUCUUGAGAAGCGAGCUAAGUACAUUUUGGCUAGAUUAUUGGUCUAUAGAAUAAUUGGUAGAACCAUUUUAGGUGGCCCAGAAGUAUAGUUUUUUGUAUAUAUUUACACUCAGAUUUUUCAGAUGACAUAUCAUAUUAAAAAAGUAAUUUUACCUUGUGUGAUUGUUUUUAUUAUAGAGCUUUUAACAACACACUUGUGACAGGUGGGGAAAUGUGACGUGUGUUUGGUACGUUUUAUGUCUAGGGGAUGAUUAUUUUUGAAAGCAAUCACACCCCCACUUAUCAGCAUAUGAAUCGGGAGCAGGCACGCAACGAGACAAAGCAAUGAAAGAUAGAUACAAAAGUUAAAAAUAAAGACUAUUUAUUUACAUUAAUAUACAUAUAAGAAUAAAAAGGGGGAGGGUUUGCAUCUAUCUCUAAGUAUUACUAGCUUUAAUCAUCACUCUUGCACCUAUGAGAGUAUGUCACUUUGUCCUCUGACUUAGCUGGUAUUCCUGUUGAUGUCGCAGCUGGCUGUGUCCUGGCUUGAGGUUCUGCAGCUGGAGGUGGCGCUCUAGCGGAUAGAGGGACGCCGGUGAUAUAGUUCUUGUGGAGUUUCAAUCCCAAAAUCUAAUAUCUGUAGUGGGCACAGUAGGGCGGGUGGCCGGCUACCGUGGGCACAAUGUUACUGCGGGCAGAGCUGAUCUGCCGUGGGCAGCGUAGUUGACAGGAUAUGUCCAGUGGGUUGCAGAGGGUUGGCGUAGCUAUGACGUCUCGCACGGAUCUGCCUCUAUAGGGACGUCGCGCCUAAUAGCCUGACAGGUGGGCUGUCGAAUAGGCGGGCAACGCCGAUAGCGCCAAGUGGUAGAGUUGAGUAGAUCUCAGUGGGUAAGUGCAGUGCUGAAUAGCACUAAGCACAUAUGCAGGUAAAUAGAUCGUUGAUCCAAUAACUAGGCAAUAGGUGAUUCUCGAUGGCAAAUACAGUGCUGAAUAGCACUAAGCAUCUAAAUAGGCAGGAAAAUAGGCAAUAGGUGAUUCUCGAUAGCAGAUACAGUGCUGAAUAGCACUAAGCACCUAAAUAGGCAGACACCUGAGGGAGGCUGCGGAUAAAUAAAGACAAGUUAGGACAUGUCUCUCAUACAUCUUAUCGAUGCCCCCGACUGAGGUGCAUUCGUCAGAUUGGUAAAAUUGCUUUAGAGCACAAGGGGGAGGUGAUGACAAAUGGGAUUUGGAAAAUAGAUGGAUGAUAGUAGCAAUAUCAAAAUGUACAUAAAAGGGGAAAUAAUAACAUAAAAUGUACAUAGAAGGGGAAAUAAUAAUCUCAAAUGAACAACACAGGUGGAUAGAGAAAGAAAAAGGGGGGGGGGGUGAAUUAGGCGGUGGUCAGCGAUCCUGACGGUAUGUUUACAUAUGACCGUCGAUCGAGAACAAUGGAGCGCGCUUGAAUGGAGAGUGUGUCCGUUCAAGCGGGGUAACUCUCAUAAGAGUAAAAUUAGUAAAGGGGAGAUAAUUCAUAACUCUUUUCUAGACGCAGUAUUAGUGCGCUAGUAAAAUUAUCAAGGCGGUCAACCGAGAUAAAGGAAAUAAAAUAAGAUGUACAAAUAUAUACAUGGUUGCAUCAACGAUCAAUUGAGCAACGUAGCAUUAAUAGAUUAAUGCAAUACAUAAAAUAUACAUUAGCCAUGUUCAUGUUUUCUACUUACGCCAGUGAGAAAUACACAAUGCACUAAUUAAAUAUAAAUGAACUAAGCAAAAUACACAUGAUAAAAUCCAAUGGAAAUAUACACAGAGUAAUUAAGAUGGAACUUGUGAUUAAGUUCGGCUUACCACCAGGUAUUCCUCUAGGAGUGAGAAUAAGUGAUAUAGUCCAGACUCGAUAGCUCAGCUUGAAUGAGAAAGAGAGUCUGAUUUGAGUUGGUUUACUUUAUAUAAGCCUGGAAAAUGUGGGCGGGCACAGGAAAUGUCCUAGGCUAAGAAUUAUCAUACACGUGGGUGAAUUAGACUUAAGAUGGGAGCGUCGAGAGGCCCUUUAACUCGAGUAAUCUCCUAGAUCAAAGAGAGACGUAGGAGAAAGGGGGGGGUUAGCUUGCAUUCAAACCAAGGUGGUGUAAACCGCGACCGUCCUUCAGACAUCCGGCGGGUAAGACAAAAGAGAUUGUGUGUUUACCUUUCCCCGAUCAAGGGCAGAUAAAUGAAAGGACGCGCCUUAGCUAUCUCCAAUGUGGUCAACUAAGUCUAGCCUGGAGAGGAAAAGGUGGCGCGGGUGAAGAAAUUGGGGUUUAGGACGGGGAAAUAAUUAAAAUAAAAUAAAUAAAUAAUGAAAAAUAAUAAUUAAUGCUGUGAUAAUUUAGAGUGACUCUGACAGCGAGUUUUUGACUUGUCACAACACUCUGUCUGUCUGUCAGUCUGGGUGAAAACUUUGCACAGUUAUUCAAUCUCGGCGAAUCUAUAAAAAAAUGUAACCAAUUGAUUAGUUAAUUAGUUGUAAUUAAUUAAUUCUGUUAUAUAGAGAGGCAAUAGAUCCUGCAAGGCUAAUUGGAGAGAAUUAUGUCGUUGGCUAAAAAAUGUAAACUAACCCUAGACUAUAAAACCUACUUUUAUAAGUACUUGGAUUAUUUUUUAGCGGAUCCCGUAAGGUGAAAAAUCGAUAUCACACUGCAAAGUAUGCGUCUGUCCGUCUGUCACACUAAGAUCUCAAAAACUAGAAGAGAAAUGAAAAAUCAUAUUUCACCAUGCGCUGUGGCUACUUUUUGUUUUCUAAAAGCAAACCAUUUUUUUUUUCUGUAAUGAAUCAUUAAAGGUUUUUUUUUUAUAUAAAAAAUACAACACUGCUAAAACAAUACAUAAAUGUAAGGGAGACUAUGUUUACAAUAAAUCAAUAAGGAAAGUUGAUAAAAAUUUGUUGUGCAUUUUCAGUAUCAAUUAUCCAAAUAUAUUUAUAAAAUAUGCAAAGAAAUGUUCCCAACAAAUAUAAAUAUUAGUUAACUUUGUUUUUUUCUGGUCAACUAGCUACUAUAAUGAAAACAUUUAUAUUUGUUUAUAAAGGCUAAGAAUGCACUUUGUAUGUAAAUGCUUACUAGUCCAGUAUCAAAGGUUGGUCAUAUAAUUUAUUGGUAGAUAAUGUAUUGGUACUGUCACACUGUAUACAUGAGAUGCACUAUGUUCAGAAAAUGCACUGAAAACCUCUGAGUUUAGAGAAAGGAAUUGAAAUGUAUUAAAGGCAGUUACUUUUUCAGCUCAGUUGAGAGUGAAUGUAUUUCAUGAUUCAUUGUGUUCGCUGGACUUUGUAUAAUUUUCACUUGGAUAUUAUUCAUGAUAUAUAUGUUUUGUAAUAAUAUGCAACAUUGUUACUAGCAACUUAUGGCUGGAAUGAUUUUUAUCAAGUUAUUUAUUCUAUGUAAUAAACAUAGUCUGCUGA